UUUUCGUAACCGGAAUGCCCGUUGUUUUUUGCAGAGCUGCCGAGGACAGCAGUGCAAGAUGACAGAGAGCAGUGUAGGAGGCCGGUGCGACAGACACUUCACCGAGAGUACUCCCAUUCGAUGACCAUGGAGUCAAACCGCACGGUCUGCAACCCUGCCAAGUACAGGGUCAGCAGUAUCGUCUGGGUGGCCGGCAUCCAGUGCAGCCUGGCAGUGGUCGCCCUCCUUGGUAACCUUCUCGUCAUCGUGUCCGUGUGCCGAUGCACCCGACUUCGCACCAUCACCAAUUACUUCGUGCUGAGUCUCGCCUGUGCCGACCUGCUCGUCGCACUCAAUGUCCCUUUCUACGACGCCUUCUACUUUUUCGAGGAUCUGUCGUGCCAUCGCAGGCUUUGCAUGCUGCGCUACUGGUUCGCCACGUAUUCGACCGCCUGUUCCUCCUUCAGUCACCUGGGCGUCGCCGUUGACCGGUACGUGUCCGUGGUGCACGGCAUAUCGUACCACCGCCUCAUGCGAUACCGACUCGCCGCCGGCUACAUCGUGUGCGUGUGGAUCUCAUGCCUGUUGUACAGCCUCUUGCCUUACAUGGGCAUCGGCGACAACGAGGACUACCCGUUAGGUCUGGACGCCGUCCAUGUCGUAUGCGACCUUAGUUACGUCUAUUCCCGAAUCUACAUCCUAGUGACAGUCGGCAUCUCGACCGUUGGCACAACCCUGACUCUGGUUUUGUACUUCUUCGUGUUCCGUGCCUCGUGGAAACACCUGAAAGCUGUGGCGUCCACCAGCGACGUUCAUCAACGAGUGAAACAAGAGGCCCGGACCGCGUGCACCAUGGCAUUGGUGUUAACCGUGUGUAUUCUGGGAGUUCUCCCAUAUUCCAUCAUAGUCCUCAUCCCUUUCUUCGCCGACUUGAGCACCAGUCUGCAAGUGCACGUAAAACCGUACGUGAUCUGUCUGUUCUUCGGCAAGUCAUCUGUGAACCCCGUCAUAUAUGGAUGGAAGGCUAAGGACUUCAGGGCCGCCUUCCGAGAAUUUUUGUGCCCUCGGAAAUUGAACGGUGCGAGGCCAACGUGAGUGCAACUUUCGCGAAACGGCUUGUGGCUGUUGUAUUCAGAAAGGGACCUUGAGGUUACAGAUGCAGCGCAUGUUGUUUCUCAUUGGACUGAAGUCCUGUAGGUUUUGUGCGUAAGUUGCCAUUUUGAGCACACCCUUAUAAAUUGCCCGUUUGUACAAUAUCAGAAACAAAGACCGAAUCUGCAUUCACUGAUGAACAUAAUCUUGCUGACCGAACCGCAUUACUGUAUGACAGGUUAGUAGGAGCUGGUUGGUGUUGCCGUACGAUAAUGUCGAAGUCUGGGUCAGUUGGUACAUAACGCUGAAACAUUGUGUGUGCCACAUCUCUCCUUUGUCCGUCGUCUUUCUGACUGGUUUAUUCUUUUGCCGUACGAGUGUGUCUGUUAGUGAUGCAAACUAUCGGUAGAUUGACUAUCGAUAGCAUUGAUAGUCUUUUUUUUAGACUAUCAAUAGUCUAAAGAAACAAUCGAUGGUAUUACUGAUAGUGAAAUCGAGAGUACCAUCAGUGGUAUUACUACCGAUAAUGCUAUGAAUAAUUGCUGUGAAUAAUUAUGUUGUUGUUGGCCCUCGAUAUUGCCAAACAUUUGCGUAACCUAUACUAUCAGCAAUACUCAGUUUAAUUUACGGCAUUUUUUGGUGAAAGAAACCAAUUAGUUCUGCAGUUAGAAUGCUGCAAUAUGUCCAUAAAUAAAUUCAUAUUCAAAUUUAACUAGUUACACCUUGCAAUUAACGAACUUAGUUCUUGAUAUUGUUAUUUUGAAAUAAAGAAAAUUCAAUAAAAAGUUGAGGCCGCGCAGUUCGGCCACAUGUAACGGCUUCCUUUCCGCUACUGCUGGUCAGUUUACCAUAAUUAUCAAGUGUCAGGCAAGCAUUUUGUUCAAAGAACACAAGCAUGUCAACUUUCUUGCCCUUCAGCCUGCUCCACCAUAUACCACGCACUCGAGGAACCAAGUUUAUGCUGCAAUGAGCUCGCGCGGUUGAUUUUAUACAGUUGAUAGUACUGUCGAAUUUACUAUUGAUAGCGCUAUCGAUAGUUUGAUUUCUACUAUCGAUAAUACGAUAGUGACUCAACUGAGAAUGGGUGAUAAUGCGAUGAUGAUUGAGAAUGAGUGAUAAUGCGAUAGUACAGUCAGAUUUGUACCUAUAAUUUGAUGCGUUUACGCCAUACCCACCCUUUGAAAGGGUGAGUAUUGACUUUCUCAUUCCGUCGAACUUGUGGAACAUUUCGCUUCUGACGAAUAUGUAAAGACCGUUGUUUGUAAAAUGCUUGAGUGCCACGUCAUAAUGCACAUCUCUGUGCAUCAAAAUAACACGACACCUUAAAACCUGUAAAUAAUGCCAGCAGUCACACAAAGCGAAUCGUCACAUAACAUCAUCAUUGAGAUCUGAGUUCCUUAUUGCAGAGCCUCAAUGGACAAGAGCGAUCUCACUUCGUUACAACCUGCAAUGUUUCAUUUGCAACUGUGUCGUUUGUGGAUCGUAUUUUGGACCAAAUAAAGUAAGU